UCGAGCAGGACAAGUCUGCGUACUGGUAGGUUCAAUAAUCUUGACAGUCCGAAACCGUAAGAUCUCGAGUUCGCUAACAUGUUGUUAGGACUCCAUCCCUUCAUUUCAUCCAUGAGGAUGGCAAGGCCGAAGUCGUUGGCCAAGCAGGUGGCAUGCUCGCUUACUACCUGCUCCCCGGCGAGGGUGAUCCUGGCUACAAUGUCACUGCGUUCCCCAAGGAUUUCAGAAUGCUCGCCGGUGAUACUCGCCAACGAAACUUCACCGGACCAUUCCCUGACAAGGAGAAGUCGUUAUGGGGUCCCGAGGACAAGACUCAAGCGUCUCUUGCGCAGAAGGCCAUUGGCUUCAACUGCUUGGACUACAGCAAACAAGGCGAACCCACGGCCUAUCGCCAUUUCCUACCUGACAAGGCUUAUUUGGAUGCGAACUGCAAGAACGGCACUCGAGCUGAGAUCUUCUUCCCAUCAUGCUGGGACGGUAAGAACAACGACAGCCCAAACCACAAGGACCAUGUCGCCUAUCCUGACCUCGUCAAUGCUGGAAAAUGCCCCUCGAGCCACCCUGUCCAGCUGCCAAUUCUUCUCUACGAGACCAUCUGGGAGACCAAAGCUUUGGACGGCAAGAAAGGUCAAUUCACCUUCGCCAAUGGUGACCCUACUGGUUUUGGUUACCACGCAGAUUUCAUGAUGGGCUGGAAGGACGACCAAUUCCUCAAAGAUGCUGUUGCCAAGUGCACCAACAAGUCUGGCAGGAUUGAGGAUUGCCCUGUCUUUACCCAGAACGGAGCAAAGGGUACCCCCGGACAGGACGGCAGCUUCCUCCAAACCGAACAAAAGAUGCAGCAGUGCAAGUUCGCCGAAGUCCAGGCCCUCGACAACGACAACUGCGCAGGCCCUGCCGACGGCCUUUGCGGAAACGUCCGUAUCCAGCCCGGUCCAGCAUACGCAGAGCUCAUGAAGCCUGGUAACCCGGCUGCCCCAACUCCCGGUUACACCCCUGGCCCAUCUGCUGUUCCCUCUGUGCCAGUCCUCUCGUAUACCACUCCUCGAACCGUGGUCAACGGCAUCUCCAUCUACAACAUCAAGGGAGACGGUGGUGUCAAGUCGGCGCCGCCAGAGAUCCCAGCAGCACCGUCGAGCAGCAGCACCCCGUCCUCUACCACCGCCUCAACUACAUCGGCCCCUGUUGCUGCAGUUCUCAACGUGCCAGCACCCACUGCUCAGCCACCUGCUCCCACACCAGCAGCAGUCGUUCCCGAUACUGUUCCUGGAUCCGUCGUGUCCACCAAGACUUUCACCAGUGCAGGCACCGUCUACGAGGUCGCCAUCAAGGAAGUCCAAGUUUACGUGACGGUCACGGCCACCCCAGCGGGAGCACCACAGCCACCGAAACUGCACCGUCGUCACGUGCACCACAACCUCCACCGUCGGGGUCAUGGCUUACUUCGACAGUAAGUGGCUUGCGAACGACAUGGACAAUUUCGUUGUGGAUGCAUCUCCUUCUGCAUGCAUGGGCGUUGAAUUUAUUUUCCCACCUUCCAGCAUCUAUU